AUGCGCGACGGUAAACCCACGCCAGUCACAACGGAUGAAUUGUUUGCAGGUAAAAAAGUUGUGGUAUUUGCGGUGCCAGGUGCAUUUACGCCCACCUGUUCUCAAGCGCACCUGCCGGGUUUUGUUGUCAACGCUGACGCAAUCAAAGCCAAAGGUGUGGAUGACAUUGUCUGUUUGUCCGUCAACGAUGCCUUUGUUAUGGGUGCCUGGGGCGACAACGCGAACGCCGAAGAGCUGACCAUGGUGGGUGAUGGGAAUGGCGAUUUCACCAAAGCGGUUGGUCUUGAGAUGGAUGGCUCGGGUUUUGGUCUGGGUAGUCGCUCCCAGCGGUACGCCAUGAUUGUGGAAGAUGGAACCGUCACCAAGCUGGCUGUUGAAGUUGUCUCGCUGAUGCUGUUGCAGGAUAAAGUUGCCCUGGUCACCGGCGGUUCCGGUGACAUCGGCGGCGCCAUCGCGCGCCGUUUAGGCGCGGAAGGCGUGCGGGUGGCGGUGACUUAUGUGGGUGCACAGGCCGCUGCCGCUGCGACGGUGGCAGACAUCCAGGCAGCGGGUGGUGAGGCUUGGGCGGUGCAGCUGGAUCAACGAGAUCCUGAGGCGAUUGUUGCUUGCGUUGCGGCCGUGGCCGCACAGUUCGGCAGCCUGGAUAUCCUGAUCAAUAAUGCGGCGUGGAACAUAGGCAUUCCUUUUCCGGAUCUUGACGCGCUUGACGCGGAGAUAUGGGACCGGGUGUUGGAAACAAAUCUGCGUGCACCUUUUCUGCUGGCUCGAGCUGCAGCAGAGCUGUUGAAGGCCGGUGAAGGCGGGCACAUCGUGAAUAUUUCAUCUGCAGGCGGAAUCAGUCCUGGCAGUAGCAGCAUCGCUUAUUCUUCCAGUAAAGCCGGCCUCAACCAUCUGACGCGCUGCCUGGCGGUGGCCAUGGCGCCUCAAGUGGCGGUCAAUUGUGUUGCACCGGGUCUGGUUGAAGACACGCGGAUGGCAGGACGUCUACCUGAUGCCAUCGCUGCAGGUGCCCGACGACAGGCGGUUCUGGGUAGAGUGGGUCAGGCUGAGGAUAUUGCUGAGCAGGUGAUGACCUUUGUCACCAGCACCUCGAUCAGUGGGCAGACCAUGGUGAUUGAUGGCGGUAUGCCCGGGUCCAGUGAUGGCCGCCUGCCGGUGUAUGCCGAUGCGGCGCGCAACCUCGGUGCGGUGAUUGCAAAAAGAGGGUUUGGCCUCGUCUACGGGGGUGCAUCGGUCGGCUUGAUGAACGAAGUUGCAGAAGGCGCACUGACCGAGGACGGAGAAGUGAUUGGUAUCCUGCCGGAAUGGCUGGAAAGCUGGGAGGUGGCCCACCGGGGCUUGACGGAGUUGCGGAUUGUUGAAUCCAUGCAUGAGCGUAAAGCGCAAAUGGCUGCCUUGGCAGAUACGUUUGUUGUGCUGCCCGGCGGCAUUGGCAGCCUGGAGGAGUGUUUUGAGAUCUGGACCUGGUCGCAACUGAGUAUCCACCAGAAAUCUAUUGGCCUGUUAAACGUUGAUGGUUAUUACGAUCAACUCGAGGCUUUUCUGGAUCACACCGUGAACGAAGGUUUUCUGCGUUCUACCCAUCGUCAGCUGCUGUUGUCGGAAAGCGAUCCACAGGUGCUGCUGGAUGCGCUCCUGGCGCAAACCGUGCCCAGCGCUGGCAAGUGGGAGCAGACUUAG